AUGGAUUCGGCUACUCCUAUUACUACAGGCGCUAGCCCAUCCCAAUCAACAGGCACAGCGGCAACACACUCGGUUACCUCCGAUACUGCUAGCAGCACCAGGACACUUCUGCAGCCGGCAAUGGAUUUCAUAAGGGUGCAGUCACGGGAGCUGAGGUCCUCGCUGCGUCUGCAACGGGAUAUAUUCGUCGACGGCUGGACCGGCCGGUUCGACGAUAUGUCCGUACAGAUCGCCGAGGACAAGCGACAGGUCCGGGCACAUGUCUGCCGAGUCAAAUACGCUGUUCGGGAGCGGCUAGAAAACUUGAAGGAAAAAAGGGCUCGAGAGAAGGCCGGUGCCCCGAAGACCUUCCCGCAGUUCUCCCGUUUACCUGCAGAGAUUCGUUUGCAGAUCUGGCAAGAGGCUCUACCGGGGUCGCGGGCUGUCGUCCUGCGUUCCCCAUACACGGCUACGGACAAUCUACUGGCGGAAUUGAGGCUUAUUGUACCACAAAUAAGAAGGCGGGGACCUCCUAAUAAUAGUAGCAUCGACGAUGGUAGCGUUGUUGUCGUAACCGCAGACGACAACAACCAAGCUGCAACCGACAGCAGCACUGCUACUACGCACAUGACCCCCAGUCCCACUCCGACCAACAAACCCACCGCAAACACCAGCAGCAAGCUCCUGAAGACAAAACCUAAAACCACAGGCUGGACAAGCUCCACGCCACCACCAGCACUCCUCCACGCUUGCCACGAAUCCCGAACCGUAGCCCUAAAGCGAUACGAGCUCGUCCUCGGCUGCGAGGACGGCCAAGCCCGCAUCUACGCCGAUUUGAACCAGGAUGUCAUUUGCCUGUUGGGCAGGGUGGUCUCGCCGCGCUGCGCUGCGCUCUGGCGCCAGACGACUGGUCUCGACCGCAUUCGCCACCUCGCGGUCGCUGGCUGCUCGUGGAGCAGCACGCACGGCAUAACCGAACUCUUCGCGCGGAGGCUCCCGCCCCCCGAGCUACUGCGCUCCGGCUUCACCGCGCUCGAGGACGUAGCCGUCGUUCGCUCCGUGCGCUGGCAGUAUGGUCGCCUGCCCGGCGGCGCCGCGAGGGACUAUGACCGCUGGGCGAGGGAGGAGAAGGCCGCCGAGGGGAUGGAGAUGUUACAUACGAUGUGGCGGAGCGGGGUUAUGGUCCUUAGUAGCGAUCGCAAGUCGAUAGAGGAUCAGGAUCAGGCACGGCAGCAACAGCAACAGCAGGCUGACGGUCAAGUAGAUGUUGAUUUAUGA